AUGCCCUGGGGAAGCAUCACCCUCAACGACGGAACGACUGCGCCGAGCGUCGCAUUCGGUACAUGGAGGCGAGGCAACGGGCCGCAGACCAUCGACCUUGUUCAGCUCGCCAUCGCCACCGGGUUUACUCACAUUGAUACCGCGCAGGUGUACCGCAACGAAGAGGAGGCAGGUGUGGCGAUCCGCGCUAGCGGUCUCGCACGCUCCGACUUGUACAUCACCACGAAAUACUCUGGCAAGACCGACAUCGACACUGCUAUCCGGAACAGCCUCAGAUUCUUAGGUGUCGAUUAUGUCGAUCUGUAUCUGAUUCAUGGGCCUGAUCUCGCCGUACCCGAUAUUCCUACUAUUUGGAAGAAGAUGGAAGACAUUCAUGAACAGGGAUUUGCCAAGAGUAUCGGUGUUAGCAACUUCAACAUCAGCGAGCUCAAGAUCCUGCUUGCCUCAGCCAAGAUCAAGCCUGUAGCGAACCAGAUCCUCUUCCACCCCUACAUUUUCGACCGCCAGGGCCCACUGGUCGAGUUCGGAAAUCAGCACGGGAUCGUCAGCGAGGCAUACAGCCCACUCAUUCCACUGACGCAUAAGACUGGCGGCCCCGUCGAUGCUCCGGUCGCGGCCAUCGCGGAGCGUCUCAAUACCGCGCCUGAGCGGAUCCUCCUUGCGUGGGCGCGCGCAAAGGGUACGCUUGUAGUGACGUCGAGCACGAAGAAGGAGCGCCUGGAGGGGUAUAUCGCCGCUGGUGACCUCGAGCUGACGAAGGAAGAUGUCGCUGCGAUCGAUGCAGCUGGCCUUGCUGGCUCGAGCUCGAGGCGGUGA